GGCCAUGGCGCUGGCAGCCGAGCUUAGUCGGGCGUUGUCGCUGCUGCUAAACAGACGCGUGUUUCGUUCACUCUUUUAAGCUUUUUCCACAUUAUCUUACUAAAUUUAAAAUGUCGCUGACUGGUGAUAUGGAGGAGUACGUGGAAGUGCCAACUGUGCUGCCUGCAGCCAAUUUCGACCCGGUGGCCGACGCCCAUGCAUUGCGAGCUGCCAUGAAAGGAUUCGGUACGGAUGAACAAGUCAUCAUCGACAUUCUGUGCCAACGAUCCAACGCCCAGCGUCAGGCCAUCACCGAAGCCUACAAGAAGGAAUUCGGUCGGGUCGAAGAGGGGAGCAACAAAAAACCCAGGCAGGAUUUGAUUGCUGAUCUGAAAAGUGAGCUAGGUGGCAAUUUCGAGAAUGUCAUUAUUGGACUCAUGUUGCCAACUGAUGAGUACUGCGCCAAGCAACUGUACAAAGCCAUGAAGGGAAUUGGAACUAACGAGGAUGUCUUGGUGGAGAUCCUCUGCUCCCGCCCCUACGAUGAAAUUGUGAAGAUCGCUAGCGCCUACGAAACCAUGUACGGAAAUUCAUUGGAGUCUGAUGUUCAGGGAGAUACAGCUGGUCCAUUCCAGCGAUUGCUCGUCAUGGCUCUCCAGGGAGUUAGAGAUAAUUACGCUUAUGAUCCAGUCAAGGCGGCCGAGGAAGCCCAAACUCUCUACAACUCUGGUGAGGGACAAGUAGGAACGGACGAAAAUGCUUUCGUUGAAAUUUUGGGUCACGCCGGCCAGCGUCAUGCUUACCUUAUCUUCCAAGAAUACAAAAAGAUUUCUGGCAAGACCAUCGAACAGGCUAUGGAAUCUGAAAUGUCUGGAGAGAUCCUUAAUGGUCUUCUAGCUAUGGUGAAAACCGUCCACAACCGCCCAGCUUACUUUGCUGACCGUUUGGAGGUGGCCAUGAAAGGUUUGGGUACGGAUGACGACGCUCUGAUCCGCAUCAUCGUCAGUCGCUGUGAAAUCGAUUUGGCCAACAUCAAAUUUGAGUAUGAACGCAUCCAAGGCAGAACGCUUCUUAGCGCAGUUAAGAGCGAGGAAGAAGCGGGUGAAACUUCCGGCGAUUACCGUAACGCUCUCCUUGCCCUUAUUGGAUCUGCUUGAAUUCAACACUCUCACACGAUCCGGGCCGUUGAGCACCACUGCGAGCCCCCUCUUCCAGUAUCCAGGACUGUAGUCACACCCUUAUUCGUGUUUACUUAUUUGUUAUCGUUGUUUUCGUGAUUCUCACGUCACUUUGGUAAAACAAAACUGGUUCAUUGGUCAUCUGUGGGCUUUGCAGCACGCGCUCUUAAUUUUUUACAUCCGUCAGAGUUGUAGCGAAUUCAAACUUUUACUCUUCAUGACGGUGGCAGUUUCCAUCACCCUCUCCUCUACGAGUCCGCCUACUACUCCAUUUUCCUCUGACGUUUACCAAUGGCCAUGGUCAACAUUUUCUGAAUUUAUUUACUCGCCUCUCGGUAUGCUUCUUGUAUCUGAUUUGGCAAGCUUUUGAAUACAUCAGUUAUUACUGUU